GUUUGAUCUGUUCUGAAUGAUAUGUUGUUCUCUCUCUUCCCCUCUCCCUCGUCCUGUGGGCAUUCGAUGCUGUGUCGGGACUCGUGACGAUGACGUGGUGUUCCCACUCUCUCUCUCUCUCUCUCUCUGUCUCUCUCUCAGAUCCAGCAACGCAAUAAAUCGAGUGAUGGGCAGGCCAACAGAUACACCAGAGGGAGAAGAGGUGGAAACAUAGAGCGGUUGACCAAAUCCAGCACCCGACCGUUCAUUUCAUUAAAAGAAGACCAGAGCAUCAAAGUCAUAGAUAACCAGGAGGAGCCAUGGAACGGCUAGAUAAAGAGGGAGACAACUGUCGUGGUCUUCUCUUUGUCUCUAAUUAUGGGGGAGGAAUCAGGACAAAGAGCAAGAUAGCUUUGCAUAAGCGGCGGCGGCGGCAGCAGCAGCGGCAGCAGCACUGAGGUGGGUUAUCCUGUACUUGCUACAUGGCCCCUUCAAAUGAACGAGGAGCCACCUCUGGUUGAUUGUCGAUGUACUGAAAACCUGUGAAUCUGCACUUCUGGAGCUUUUUUGGAUCGUCUCUCCUUUGGGGACCCUUCGGCAGUGCAACUGAUCUGAGAGAAGCAACCAAGAGAAAAGGGAACGCGGCACUGAUUGAUCUUCACCACAAAGAAUGUGAAGGGGAAAAGCUGGAAAGAUGAUGGUUAUCAGCAGAGAGUAGGAAGUUGAUAUAGUGUUUCUUUCUUUCCUCUUUUAUAGAUAGCCUUCUCUUUUUCUUCUUCGAAUAUUGGGCUCAUACUUGACUGAAGAGCUGGCGAACCGGUGGUGGACCGGAGCUGCGGCGAUGGGAGGGGCCAAUCUCGGCGUCACCUCUGCGACCUCGGCUCCUUCCCUCCAUCUCCGCAACACCAACAGCGCCGACGACCACUGCAACCUCCACUUCAGCAGAAGAGAGCAAGAGCUAACCACCACCAACAGUAGUGGCAGCAACAACCACCUCAACGACGACGACGGCCAUGCCGACGUCCAGUCCGCAGGCGGCCUUGAGGUGGUCGAGGCUGGCGCAGGAGGUGGAGCGAGCGGCAAUAUCACUGGCAGGCGCCCGCGUGGCCGGCCGCCUGGGUCCAAGAACAAGCCGAAGCCACCCAUAAUCAUCACGACAGAAAGCCCCAGCGCGCUCCGAUCGCACGUCCUCGAGAUCGCGGGCGGGACAGACAUCAUGGACGCCGUGGCGACCUUCGCUCGCCGGAGGCAGUGCGGUGUCUGCAUCUUGAGCGGCCGUGGGGUCGUCACCAAUGUCACGCUUCGACAGCCAGGUGCACCGCCGGGGGUCAUCGUCCUCCAUGGCCGCUUCGAGAUCCUCUCUCUUUCCGGGGCGUUCCUUCCGGAGCCAUCCCCACCUGGGGCAACCGGGCUCACGAUCUACUUAGCCGGCGGCCAGGGGCAGGUGGUGGGAGGUAAUGUUAUGGGCGAAUUGGUUUCAUUAGGCACCGUGAUGGUGAUCGCAGCCACAUUCUCGAACGCCACGUACGAGCGUCUACCCCUCGAGGAAGAAGAACCCGCGGCAGCGGGAGCUCCGCCAGGCACAGAGGCAAUUAAGUUGCAGCAGAGCCAAAGGGGCGAUGGAGGUGUGUCGACGCCGCUGUACAAUCUACCGCUGAAUCUUUCCCCUAAUGGUGAGAUGUCCAUUGAGGCUUUCGGCGCUUGGGCGUCUGCUGCAACUCCUCAGCCGCCACCAUCCUACUAAGUCUCUUCUCUUCAUCUAUGUUUGGCUACUGUUUCUGAUAACUACUUAUGCUUCUACUGUUCGUCGUCAUUGCGCAUGCGCGUUCUCUUUCUUCUGUGAACAUAUUUGUUAGCUGCAGUUUGAUCAUUCUCAGCAGCUUGUGGUUUUAAUACCUACUUUCCACCUUUGUUAUCUUCCUGACCUAUCUGAGGUUAUUUAGUAAGCUAGCAUGAAACAUACUAUAUAUUUGUCUUUCUGCAGUUAUACUGCACUGAAGAUGGAAUUUUAUUCUUCUCUCAAAAGGAAAAAAAACAC